AUGGGCUUUCUCAGAUGGUCGCUUCGUUGCAUCCCUGGCUUGUCAGUCUUUGGCCUACUGAUCCUGCUCGAGUCCGCUCUGAAGAUCGUCGAGACAGAAUGGCUCAGCUUCUUCUAUCCUCCAUUCCUCAAACAGAUCGCGAGUCCUGUCGUCGCCCAGACUGUUUUUAUUUCUUACUCGGUCUUUCUGCAUAUCCUUGCCCUCCUCUUUCCUCUGAGACUAUGCGCCUCAGCCUACUCUGCAGCCCGGGAUAUCAAAGCAGCCCAUCGGCCGUCGAAGCUCACUCCUAGUGACACUCUCCAGUGCGAUGUUUUCCGAUACGAUCCCCGGGAACUCCACUCCCAGCAAGAUACGACCAAGGGAUCGGGAACCGUGACGAUGGCAGUGGUCUUGCCCAGCUACAAGGAGGACAUUGAGAUACUCGAGACUUCACUGAGAGUGCUCGCUAGCCACACUCUGGCCAAAUCAUCAUAUGAUAUCUUCUUGGCCAUGGAGGAGCGAGAUCCAAACGGAGUCACUGUGGCUCAGAACUUGAUCCAGCUAUUCGCCGGCAAGUUUCGAGAGAUGCAAUACACUGUCCACCCUACGGGUCUGCCUGGCGAAGCCCCCGGAAAGAGUAGCAAUGUGAGUUGGGCAGCGAGGCAGAUCGAGCGAAAAUAUCUGAAUGAUCUCGACUGGUCAAGCGUGCUCGUAACGGUGAUGGACAGCGACACCCACCUGCUCAGUCAAUAUUUCGAGACCGUCCUCGCCCAUCACCUCCGCAGCCGCAGAGACCAAGAGUUGACCGACAUGACCCUGUACAUGCCCCCCAUCGUCUUUGAUCGCAAUGCGCACUUGGUCCCUCCAAUGGUGCGCAUCGCCGAUCUGAUGUGGUGCGGUGCUGGGCUCUCAUGUUUCACCAGCAAAUCAACCGGGUCGACCGUCGCAAUCCCUACCGCAGUCUACACCCUCCCCCUUCCUCUUGUUUGCCUGGCCGGUGGCUGGGACACUGGGUCAGAAGCUAUCGGCGAAGACAUGCACAUGAUGUUGAAGUGCUAUUUUGCGGCAAACGGCCGCAUGAAGAUAAAAUCGAUUCCGAGUCCGGCAAGCCAGUGCAAUGUCACGACUGGAAAAGCGGGCAUCCGCGGCUGGCUGGCUAACCAUUCUGCCCGGUACGCGCAAGGUCUUCGACAUAUGUGGGGAUGUCUCGACACUGGAUAUGCUGUUCGGCAAUGGUGCAAGAUAGGCGCAGAGCCAAAUCUUCAUGAUCAAUCUAUUCUAUCUAGCGAAAUCAGCUCUUCCAAUUCUGAACGACCAAAUCGUCCUCGCCAUGUUGAGAUCUGCCUGAAACUCAGCCAGCAUGCCCUUCACGGCCCCAGUCUUCGAAGAUUUACCUGGCGAAAUCUCAUCUUGUUCAGUCGACUGUUUGAAGCGCACUUCUUGCCGAUUCAUUUGUUCCUUGUUCUGCUCGCCUCGGCCAUCUACACCGCGCUCCCAUAUCCGAUCACCUCGUGUCAACUUUUGACAGCUGCAAUGGACCUCACCUCAGCUCUGCGAGGGAUCAGUUUCGCCCUGAUGACGAUAUACUUCGUUAUUUUUUAUGAAGGAUACCACAGUGCUUGCAUUGAGGCCAGGGAAAGGGAGAUGAGGAGAGCCGGCCUGUAUGAAGAGUUGGCUGAUGAGUUUUCUUACCGCAGAAGGCUCUCCCUCAUCACCCUGGCCGACUACGUGCUGUUCCCUAUUGCGGGCACAGUAUUUGGAAGCGUGCCUCUGCUCCAGGCGGUAUUGUCGCAUUUCUGGACAGAGAAGCUUGUCUAUCUGGUGAGCGCAAAGCCAGUCAAGACAAUUACCAAGAAUCUUAUCGGUGUCACGGUCACUGAGCGAGGCGCAGAGGUGAUAGACGUCUGA